GUUUCUCAGACACUUCUCAUAUGCCAAAUCGACCAAAAUGCUGAGAAGAAAGCCAAGCAAAAUCCAAGUCAAAAUCGAAGACAAAGAAGAACUCGAAGAAGCUCGCAAACGCAUCUCUGUCGCCACAUCCACAGCCACCGCCACCUCUGCCACCGCCUCUACUUCUCUCCUUCACCUGUUCGACCGCAACCAAACCAACCCCUCCUCCAAAUUCCACCGCAUCGGCCUUUCCCCUUGAAUCCUUCACCGCACAUUAUGGAAGUAGAAGUGAAAUUGCGCCUCCCCGACGCCCAUAACCACACCCGCCUAAAUUCCCUCCUUUAUUCAUUUCACCUCAAAACCCUUCACCAGCAAAACCUCUUCUUUGAUUCUGACGCUGCCACUCUUUCCUCUCAACGUGCUGUCCUUCGCAUGCGUUUCUUCGACAAUGACUCCCGUUGUGUUCUCUCCCUCAAGGCCAAGCCUGUUCUAAUCAAUGGUGUCAGCCGUGUCGAGGAAGAUGAAGAAGAAAUCGAUCCUGUGAUUGGUCGUGAAUGCGUCGCUGAUCCAUCCAAGUUAAGUUAUAUCGAAUCCAGGAUUUUGAAGAGGUGCAAAGAUGAGUUUGGGGUUGUGGUAGAAAUGGGUUUUGUGUGUUUGGGUGGGUUUGAGAACGUGAGACAAGUUUAUGAGUGGAGAGGUUUGAAGCUGGAGGUAGAUGAGACUAAAUAUAGCUUUGGGGUUUCUUACGAGGUGGAAUGUGAGACCCCUGAUCCUGAAGAGGCUAAGAGAAAUCUAGAGGAGUUUCUAAAGGAGAAUGGGAUCGAUUAUAAGUACUCAGAGAUGUCAAAGUUUGCAGUUUUUCGAUCUGGAAAGCUGCCUUAGUAAGUGAACUCAAUGAUUGGGCUUAUGGCUAUUGCUUAUUGGAAGUUUAUAUAAUGUUUGAAUGAUCUUGAAGUGAAAGUUGCUUAUGGGUGUAAGGCAUUGAUGUGUUCAUUAAGGGCGAAUGCUUAUUGUUGUUUCUUUUGUGCAUUUUGUUGUUGCUUUGAAAAUUUCCGAGGCUUAUCAUGUUUAGUUGUUACUAUUCGGGUUUUUAAUCCUUGUUCAUUUGAUUGGUAUUUGAGGAGAUUAUUGCGGAUGUUUUAGGAAUUAUUAUUAUUAUUAUUAUUUUUCAUAAUUGAUGAUAGAUCCAGCAUUGCUACA